AUAAGGUCUGUUCCCUGGACUGUUCUAAUCUAUUUUACAGCUCAUGGUUGAAUUUAGCUACUAAACUUCAACCUUACUUUUUCUUUAGGAAAUAACAGGUGUUGCCAGGGUUUUUCUGUGUAGUUGUGUUUCUCUGUAAAAAGAAACAGAUUUGUGAGAGUGGUGCGUUUGAAAGCAGAACAGAAAGUCAUGAAGUGAAAUAUCAUUUCUACAUGUGCAUUUCUGUUAUUUUUGUUUUGGCCAAAGAUCACACAAUGACCUUUGACAAGCCCAGUUCUUGUUCUUCUUCUGUCUAGGGUUUAGAUGCUUGUAUUUCUGGAGAGGUUCUUCUGUGUCCUUACAGCCCUAACAGCAUGAAGACUUUGACUUCAUGCUCGGUUGCAUAACCGUGACUCACCGUUUCCUCUUUUCAACCAUAUACCAGUUGAGAUAGAAAACCACAGCAAGUCUUCACUAGACCUGAACAAUGAUGGAAACCCUGUAUAGUGAUCAAGUGAAAGUAGUUAAAAAUAAAUAUAAUAUUGAUGUUCUCAGCUGGGAUUUGUCUGUGAGGAAAGUACCUGUUCUGAGUUCAUAGUUGAACUGCUUCAGCUUUUCAUGUUUGUCCUUUGUUUCCACCAGGGAAGCCCAUUAAUAGAAGCAAUUGAAACAGGAGAAAAAUCUGAUGUAUAAUUGAUAAAGACAGGAGGGAUGCUAACGGCUCCCCUCAAUGUCCGCCAUCCCCUCAACGACUCGAAAAUAAAAUUAGUUUUAUAGGAGCUGCCAAAAAGAGUCAAGAAUGACAUCAGUGUAGACAACUAGGAAGUGUGUGACAUCGGAGGAGAGACACACACUUUAUUAUUUUUUUGCCAAAGAACUAUAUUUAUGUUCUACAUGUAAUAUAAAUUUAGCAAUUUAGCCUUAUGAAGCUGGAGUUUCCCAGACUGUUGCGUGGCCCACAGUGAGUCGGUGUGUAAACAUGAGUCAGGAUACAGUAUCCGACACAGGGCUAAGGUAAUGGCAUCACCCAGUCUCAGGUUACAGACUGGUUGCUACAGCAGAGUUGCUGAGCAGCAUCCGAUAACAUUCAAAGACAUGUUGAGGACAGGUUGGACAGCAGUAACAGUGUCGGGACCAAUUCAGCACCGUGGACAGCGUCUUGUACCGGUCAACAGCUACAGCUGGUUUAAUGGUUGCUUCACCAUUUUGUUUGUUUGAAACCUUUUUGAAAUCGAAAUAUUUGUUGAUGGAUGAAGAGGUGGACUAUGGAUGGACACUUCACCAGCACUGAGGAAUCUGAGGUCACAUCUGUCAGCCUGAGAGACUCCAUUUGAAGGAAUGUUCAGGAAAAUUAACAAUGCCUUCCGUCCCAACCAUCAAGGACAGAGAGGGUGGGAUGGUAGCGGUGGUGGUGGGAUUCGCUCUGAGCAUGAUUACCACAAUGCCUGCACUGUCCGCCUGGUCCGCAGUACUUCCAUGCUCGUGGUGGGCGAGAAAACCCAGACAGCAGCCGCAGGCUCCACUUUAAAGCGCAGCAAAAGUACAGUGAGCAUUGAAUCCACCUUGUACUACUAUCAGAGGCAGGAGGACCGGAUAUGGCUCUACUCCCAUCAACAGAACUGUCUGGAGUACCUGGAGGCACUGGUGGCUCUGAGGAGACGCUACACAAAGAGUGUGAGCGAUUUGAAAAGUGCAGACGCCAAGGCCACAGUGUUCUAUAAGAAGAAACCUGCACCUCCACCACCCAGCAAGGAGGCCAAGAACCACAGAGCCAAACCCUCUGCACCUCCUGUCCCCACGGAAGAAGACACGCUGCAGUAUUUUGAUGCUGUCAUCGCCAGCUGUGACAACGAGCCCCUGCGUAAACCUUACAUUGAUGAUGGACACGCAGAUGUGGAUUUCAUAGUGGCCUCCAGUUCAGCUGAACAUGACCUCCACUCUAACUGGGUGUUACGGGUUCCUCGGGUCGCAGAUGAGUCAAACCAGACAGCAGUUCAUCACGGUGCCAACGAAAAAGCCACAAAGAAGAAAAACAAUAGUGGAUCUACCAGCAGCAGACUUCGACUUCAGAGGAACCCGAUCCACCUGCCCAAAGUGGUGGAGAGUGCAUUUCAGACACUGCGCUUCAAGCCCAAAUUAAAAAAGCAGUGAAGCUUAAAAAAGACAUUUGAAACCAGAAGUACUGCCUCCACUUGGACAAAGACCAGGACAGUUCUCUGUCCAGGCGAUUACUCAACUGACGUUGAAGCUACAGCACAUCAUUUAAAUAAAGCAAAGAAAAAGUGUCAAUCCCUCAGGGUUUAGGAGUGACCACAGUCAGGUCCCACUGCUAACAUAAACAUUAGCCUGCUAAAAUUAGCUGUCACUGGUUGUACAAAGCGAGGGUUGAUACAAAUUGACUAAAUUUAAGCUCUUACACAUUUUUAAUGGAUUGCAGCUAUUUGUUUUCAUUUUGCCUAACCUUGGAAUUUUUUUUGUUUGUUUUCUAUAUGAAAGAAUGUAUUUACUUAUUCAUUUGAAGUAAUUAAUUUGCUUUAUUAGUAGCUAUUUUGUGGAUAUACCUUUGACAAAUCUUUGCUAAGUUUUGAUGGCCUUUAGUGAGUUUUACUCUCUUUUCUUUUAAACGUCUUGCCAUUACUUUGCUGCUAAUAUGUUUUGGUAAAGGUUUUCUUUCAUGGUUGAUUCUUUGCUCUUCUGGUUAACUGAAAAACAUUUGUUAGAUCACAUUUCUAAGGUUUUUAACUGGUCAUUUAUGCUAAAUGUUUUGAUAUAAUUUAUGGUUGACUUGUUGCCUUUUUUUUACAAGGUCUGUUGUCUGCUCAUGGUUUAUUUGUUAACUUUUAUAUAUAUUAUGGUUAACAUUUUAAAAACCCUAUAGGAUGUAAUCAUUAGUUAUCAUACAGCAAGUGUAGGUGUUUUUUAAUUUCAACUAUUUCUUUUACAAAAAUGGCCAUAAAAGCAUUUGUUUUACUAGUACAGCUCAUUUAUAUCUCAAUAGCAUUGGUAACUUUGGUUGACAACUUUUGAACUGUAUUUCUAGAUAUUUUGACAAUACCCUUACAAUUUAGCAGCUCAUGUUUGCCAUUAGCAAUGUUGUCACUCUGUAUUCUUUCAUCUAAAGUUAUUUCUAGGAUUUAAAGCUCAUAGAAAGCUUUAAGCUGGGACCUGAGCGUAACAAAUGGAGGUCAGCCAGUCAUCUACCUAUUGGCAGCUCUUUAAACAGGGCUGAAGAAAGACGACAUGGGCUUCAUGCCGGUCCUGUCCACCUUGGCCAGACUUUUCUGAGCAGCCGUCAUCUUCUUCGGCGGCUGCAACAAGACGAUGUAGAAG